AUGAAACAAUGGAAGUUCUCAAGUUCGUCAACGCCUAACAAAUUGGCAAGACCUACGAUUCUUGAAUGGCGUCUUCUUGAGAGCAACCUUGAUAAUCAACUAAGAUACGACAAUACGUUUCAUACAGCAUUCGCAUUCGAGCAUGAUGGGCAGCCAUUCUUUAUGCGGGUUCAAGUUAGCGGAUGUCUCGAAGGAGUAGCUACACAUUUACGACUUCCAACACCCCUUGAUGAACUAGCUAAAAACAUACCUUCCGAAAUGGACAAAAAGAAGGCAAAACUCGUUCAAGUUCUCAAGAAUUCUUCGGGUGCCAACUUGCCUUACGAGAUCUUGGAUGUAGGAGAACCGGACGACGAACAAGAGGAUAAUCGAUUCAAAUAUGAUCCACCGCCCAUUCCAUGCAGCUUAGGCUCUUCAGAGCCUAUAAAAUUACAAGAUCUUGAGAGAGUAUCAUUGACAUUACUUUCUCCAAGAGAGCCUUCAACGAGGCAAUCUAGCUCAGGUCGUAAAUUAGAAAUACUAUUGCCGACUAUUGACCAACACUCAGAAUUUACAAUCAGAGAACCGUCAUCUCAAUUCCAGCUAAUAAUUUUAUGGAUUCUUGCUUCUGGACUGAGACUGUGUCCCUCUCCGAGGAAGAACGUACAAACAGGUGGAGAGAAGAGUUAAGAGACUCAAAAUGAUAAGAAAAUUGAGAGGAGGAUGGGGUGAUAUCCUUGAUAUUGGUGAAAACAUCUAGUUUUAUAUACGUUAUCUUGCCCGGUCCUUAGACUACUACGUACCUACGUAUUUUAUACCUAG